CAAGAAGAGCAAAAACUGAAAGCUCUCCAGCGGCGUCGCGAGCGUGCUCUCCCCCACUUCCUUCCCACUCUCCCUCGCCCCGGCAUCGCCAUCUCCGCGCCGCAGCCGCCCGCCCGCCGGCCCAGAUCCCACCGGCGAGCCGCAGCAUGGACCGUCUCCGGGCGGGAAGCCCCGUCUACGGGCGGCAGCGGAGCGGCAGCAGCACGGGCUCCUCCUCCCCCGGCGGCGUCUCCCCCUCGCACCACCGCUCCUCCUCCACCUCCUCCGCUGCCUCCGCCGCGGGCGCGCCCGGCACCUCCAACAUCCGCCGCACGCAGAACGUCGCCGCGCGCGCCGCGGCCGCGAGGCUCGCGCAGGUCAUGGCCUCGCAGAACGCCGCCGCGGCCGCCGGCGACGAUGACGACGACGAUGACUACCCGCCCCCGGCUCCUGGGAGGUUCGGAAGUGGAAGAGUGGCGCACGGCAGCAACGGCGUGUCCCUGCUUGGACGCUCCGCGAGAUCUCCCUCUCCUGCGUUAGGUCGGAAUAUUGUAGAGCCACCUCCUACGGCCCGCUCAUCAUCGGCAGGCAGGCCAGCUGUUGCAUCACGACCCACCACCACAGUGGUGCCGCCAAUCAAAACCAACACGACGCUGCGAACACCGUCCCCUAUUCCACCGGUGGCUGUGGAGCCUCCAGCGGAUCGCACUCGACCGAAAAGAUUUGAUGCAGCGCUUCAUAGCUCAAGAGAAUCAGGACUGAAAAGAGAGGCAUCUACACUUCACGAUGAGCUUGAUAUGCUACAAGAGGAGAAUGAAAGUGUUCUAGAAAAGUUGCGACUUGCUGAAGAAAGAUGUGAGGAAGCUGAAGCUAGAGCCAAGGAGCUUGAGAAACAGGUAGCUGCUCUUGGAGAAGGAGUAUCAUUAGAGGCUCGCCUCUUGAGCAGGAAGGAAGCAGCACUUAAACAGAGGGAGGCUGCGCUAAAAGCUGCAAGAGAAUCAAAGGAUGGCAGAGAUGGGGAAGUAACAACACUAAGGCAAGAACUUGAGUCUGCCAAAGAAGAGGUUGCAUCAGCAAUGGACCAGCUAAAGGAGGCAGAGUCUGAAACGAAGGCUCUCCGAUCUAUGACUCAGAGAACGGUCUUAACUCAAGAAGAAAUGGAGGAGGUUGUCCUAAAAAGAUGCUGGCUUGCACGCUAUUGGGGCUUAGCAGUUCAAUAUGGUGUGUAUCCCGAAAUUGCGGUAUCAAAGCAUGAACAUUGGUCAUCAUUGGCUCCUCUUCCUCUUGAGGUUGUUCUUUCCGCCGGUCAAAAAGCUAAGGAGGAACCUCGAAAACAAGGUGACAAUGUUCAAGGGAGAAAUAAACUUGCACGAGAAAUGAGUGAUGUAAUGGGAGAAGGCAAUAUAGAGAGCAUGCUUUCAGUUGAAAUGGGCCUUAGAGAGCUUUCUUCAUUGAAGGUGGAAGAUGCUGUUGUAGUUGCAGUUGGCCAACAUCGCAGACCUAGCAUAGUUCGUCAGUUCACAUCAGAUUUCAAAUCACCUGGUGAACCUAAAUACUUGGAGGCAUUUGAUCUUAGCCCAGAAGAGGCUGAAGAUGUUAGCUUUAAGCAGGCAUGGCUUAUAUACUUCUGGAGAAGAGCCAAAACUCAUGGUGUUGAGGAAGAUAUUGCUGAUGACCGGCUUCAGCUUUGGAUUGGUCGCAACGCACAAGCUCCAAAUUCUCAUGACGCUAUCGAUGUGGAGAGAGGUCUAACAGAGCUGAGGAAAUUGGGCAUAGAGCAGCAACUGUGGGAGGGCUCGCGAGCAGAUAUAGAUCAAGCUUCUUUGGCGAUGGAGAAUCAGUAAGAAUUUUCCACGGCUGUCUAUGCUUCGUGUAUCAUCCCAGUUUUGGAGAAACGGGAACUCCAUUUCCCAGCAGGUCUCGGCCCUUUGCAUCAUCAGGUAUCACAGUCACAGGAUUGUGCUCCGAUCUUGGGGUGUGACCGAUGGACUUCCGAUGAGUUUGUGUAGUGCAUGUGCAAGCCAUUCAUCUGUUGUUAUUAAAAUAGCUUUGUGAAAUGUGUAAUAGCUCUGCUUUGGCAAGAGAAACGAUGGCAACGACGACCCCACUUCCAGCAAUUGUGAAUUUUGUGAUUAUCCCACCUUGUUUGUUCUCUGCUGUCGAGCCCAACCUCUCCGCACCAGGGAACGUGUGUGUUCCUGCAACGGAUGAACGAAAUGGUUUUUGUGUAUCUCUGGGUAGUAUGAGUUCUGUGCAAAUGGUUCUGGAGUUUUCUA